UAUAAGGCCGCAGCAUGAUGAGACUUGCUCAGUUUUGAAACAAAAAUCGGCUGUUCGGGGACGUCACUUCGCUGCUUGUGUGUUUUUAUCGUGAUUCUGAAAUCAUCUGUUUUGUCGCGGCGCUUGUUAAAUACCAGCUGAAGGGCGAUGGCGACGCACUAACAAAAGAGAAUGCAGCAGCAAAUUGAGUAACGUGAUUAUAAUAUUCUCGGCCGCACACACAAAUUAAUAUAAAUCAAAAUAGCCCGUGGAAUAAAUCUGAAAACCAGAGAAAAUCCAAGUACAAGUGUUUUUCGCUCUCUGCCGUUCUCCCAUUCUCCCGUGUUCGCUCUCCGUGUGUUUAUGUCUAUGCGUCAGAGUGUGUGUGAGAGUGUGUGUGUGUCGUGCAAGUGUUUGUGAUUUGAUAUUGUUGUUAUUCUUCGCUUUCGCGCGAAUACAAAUGGGAUUGAGAUUUUCCAUAAAUUAAUCAGCAGUUAAAGUCGGCAUUUCCAGUUACCAGGUAAACAACAUUAAAGUGAUGAGUAAAGCUGAAAUGAGACAUUUUAAGGGGAAUUAAAGAUGGUUUAUAUAAAUUAAGACGGAUUCUGAAGUCGGUCUGAAGUCUGAAGUGUUAUCCUGGACUCACCCCUCGCUGCUGCCUCCUCCUCAUCAACUAUCCAAUUAAUUGACUGAGUUUUUUUAUAUAAAUAUUUGCAUCACAUCAACAAUCGUGUUGAGUUACCUCGCAUCCAGCAUUCCUCGCCACGCACAAACACCAAAAAUUGGAAACAUCCUCACGCACAAUGAAAAACGACGUCGUGCGAUGGAGCAGGCAGCCAACUAGCAACAGCAACAUCAACAUCAGCAGCAGCAGUAGCAGCAGCAGCAGCAGCAUCAGCAGAAGCAGCAUCAGCAAAAGCAGAAGCAACAUUAGCAGCAGCAGCAGCCACAAACACAAAAGCAGACGCGACAAAUUAAAUGCUCGACAAUUAGGGCAACAUGCUGCCAGAAGUUGUCAGCAGAGGGCCACCCAGCAAGAAGAAGAACAACAAACAAUCAUUGAAUGUGAUAUAGGAAAUUUCAAUUUCAAUUGCAAUUUAUUCAAAACUAGUUUUUUAACGCAAUGCAAACCGAAACUAAGCACCAGAAGGAGCAGCAGUAGCAGCAGCAGCACCACCACCACCACCAGACACUUGGCGAGAACGAAAGCAGCUCUGCUGUUUAUUUUGCAAUUUAGUGCCGUAGUUUUUUUAUGUAAUUAUAAUGUCGGUUUCGUGGCCGGAAGUGUGGCAUCAGCAUCAGCCUCGGCACCGACCCCCGCCUCAUCAGCCCCGGCGCCGCCACCACCACCAGCCCCGUCAUCCCUCAAGGUGGAUCCAUCUGGCCAGUCGCCAGUUUUGCCUCCAUACGUUCUCGACUAUGAGACGGGUGGCAGGGCCAAGCUGACGCCCAAUAGCGGCAAAUAUGGAAGCUCUGGGAUUUCCGGGGGCAACAACCAGAUCGCCGGACACUACACACACACCUGGGCGGUGCAUAUACCCAAUGGCGAUAACGGCAUGGCGGAUGCUGUAGCCAAGGAUCACGGUUUCGUCAAUUUGGGCAAGAUCUUCGAUGAUCACUACCACUUCGCACAUCACAAGGUCUCGAAGCGGUCGCUCUCCCCCGCCACGCAUCACCAGACGCGACUCGAUGACGAUGAUCGCGUCCAUUGGGCAAAGCAACAGCGAGCCAAGUCGCGCUCCAAGCGUGACUUUAUACGAAUGCGACCCUCGAGGACUUCAUCGCGAGCCAUGUCGCAGGUGGAUGCCAUGCCCUUUGAUGAUGCCAAAUGGCCGCAGAUGUGGUAUUUGAACCGCGGUGGUGGCCUGGACAUGAAUGUGAUACCCGCCUGGAAGCAGGGCAUUACCGGCAAGGGCGUGGUAGUCACGAUUCUAGAUGAUGGCCUCGAGUCUGAUCAUCCGGAUAUAGAACAGAAUUAUGAUCGCAAGGCCUCGUACGAUGUAAAUAGCCACGAUGACGAUCCCAUGCCGCACUACGACAUGACGGACUCGAAUCGCCACGGCACCCGCUGUGCCGGCGAGGUGGCUGCCACUGCCAACAACUCCUUCUGCGCGGUGGGCAUUGCCUACGGAGCCAGUGUGGGUGGAGUGCGAAUGCUGGACGGCGAUGUCACAGAUGCCGUGGAGGCGCGAUCCCUCUCCCUAAAUCCUCAGCACAUCGAUAUAUACAGCGCUUCGUGGGGACCCGAUGACGAUGGCAAGACAGUGGACGGACCUGGGGAACUGGCCUCGAGGGCCUUCAUCGAGGGCACGACCAAGGGACGCGGCGGCAAGGGCAGCAUCUUUAUCUGGGCUUCGGGCAACGGGGGACGGGAGCAGGACAACUGCAAUUGCGACGGCUACACGAACUCCAUCUGGACACUGUCCAUCUCCAGCGCCACCGAGGAGGGCCAUGUGCCCUGGUAUUCGGAGAAGUGCAGCUCCACGCUGGCCACCACCUAUAGCAGCGGCGGGCCGGGUGAGAAGCAGGUGGUCACCACGGAUUUGCAUCACUCGUGCACUGUCUCCCACACGGGCACCUCGGCGUCGGCCCCGCUCGCCGCUGGCAUUGCGGCUUUGGUGCUGCAGUCUAACCAGAAUCUCACCUGGCGCGAUCUGCAGCACAUUGUGGUGCGUACCGCCAAGCCGGCGAACCUCAAGGAUCCCAGCUGGUCGCGCAACGGGGUGGGCCGGCGGGUGAGCCACUCCUUCGGCUACGGCCUGAUGGAUGCAUAUGAGAUGGUGCGCGUGGCGCGCAACUGGAAAACGGUGCCGGAGCAGCAGCGUUGCGAGAUCAAUGCACCGCAUGUGGACAAGGUCAUUCCUCCCCGCACUCAUAUUACGCUACAGCUGACGGUCAACCACUGCCGUUCUGUCAAUUAUCUGGAGCACGUCCAGGCCAAGAUCACCCUCACCUCGCAAAGGCGCGGAGACAUUCAGCUGUACCUGAGGUCGCCCGCCAACACCAGUGUCACGCUGCUCACGCCCAGAAUCCAUGACAAUUCCCGUUCCGGCUUCAACCAGUGGCCCUUCAUGUCGGUGCACACCUGGGGUGAAUCCCCGCGCGGCAACUGGCAACUGGAGAUCCACAACGAGGGUCGCUAUAUGGGCCAUGCUCUUCUCAGGGAAUGGUCGCUGAUCUUCUACGGCACCACUCAGAGCAUCGAUCCCAAUGAUCCGAUCUCGGUGCCGCGGCCAAGUGGCUCGGAGGCCACCACGGCCAACACCAGCAGCACUACUAGCAAUCUCCAUCAGGCCUAUUCCCCGCAGUAUCCCCGCAUUCCGCCCAAUAACUUUGGCAACUCACCUUCCGGCGGCGCCAAGUUGCCGCUGGGCAAGCUCCCACCUCCAAACAAGUCCAGCUUUGUGACCAACAAUCCCCUGCUGAAUCCUGCUCAGCCCAAGCAGGGUUACCAGCAGAUAUCGGCCACCUAUGGGGUCAUUCUGGGCAAGGCCAACGGCAAGGCCAACAAUAACAAUAAGGAGAGGAACAAUAACAAGGGAAACAAGGCUAAUAAUGGUAAUAAGGGCAAGUCCGGAGGAUCGGGUGGCAAUCGCAAGGAGCAGACCACGCCGAGCACCACCCUACAGAAUACCACCAGCAAGAACAAAUACUACCGCAUCUCUCAGCAGCAGCAGCAGCCCAAGGGCAAUAAGCAGGACAGGAACGGAGUGCAAACACCUAGACCCAAGGCCAAUUCCGGGGAGAAGUCAUACGAGGAGAAGAGCCGCAAGGUGGUGGGCGAAAUAGCUGGAUCCUCUGGGUCCUCUGGAUCCAAUGGCUCAGUCAAGGCAGCUAAGCAGGUGAAGGAGAGCACCACUUCAUCGUCAUCAUCGUCAGAUGCCCGCAUACCCAUGCUCUUCGAGCGCUACGACAAGAUACAAGCCAUCUUUCCGGAACUGGAGCCCUACGAGAGCAGUUCGCCCAAGGGCAAGACCAAGCAGGCCAAGCCGGGCAAGCAGUUCGAGGUGGAGCUCUUUAGACCCACCACCGGUGGCAAUACCCGUCAGGGGAAUACGAAGAAGUCCCCAUCAGUGCCGCCGCCCUCUCAAACCAUGGCCUCCGUCCCCCUUCUACCCAUCCUGCCUGCAGGAGGAAGUAGCUUCCUGCCCGACCAAAAGAUAUUAAAGAAGCAGCAACUGCUGAUGGCUGCCGCAGGGGUGAUGGGACCCGCCCAGGUGGAGCUGGAAAUGCAGGAAGUGCCCGCCACACCCGACUACGAGGAGCAGCCAAGGGGUCAGCGCAAGGAGGGCAAUGGACCAAGCGCACAAAUCACACAAUGGGACAUGAUAUUCUAUGGCACCGAAACCCCCGCCCAGCCAUCGGAUCAGGCCAAUCCCAGCCAGGCGAACCAGUUCAAUCUGUAUGGCAAUGAUAUGGCCCACAAUGACAUCGAAUACGAUUCCACCGGCCAGUGGCGGAACAUGCAGCAGGUCGGCGAUGUUGGAAUGACCCGGGAUCAUAGCAAUACCGCUGCGUGCCUUAAGUGGAGCGAUCGCAAGUGCUUAGAAUGCAACGAUUCAGCCUAUAUGUACGAGGAUCUCUGCUACGAUGUCUGUCCCCUGCACACGUAUCCCUUGGAUAAACUGGCUGCAGAUGAGGAGGAAGUAAACAGCGAUACGAGCUCGGGACCUGGUCCUGUGAAUCCCUACACUCCCACCACCGAACAUCCUUCAGAGCUGUCCAAUUCCAUAGACGAUAAGCAGGAUCCUCUGCAGGCGGAGGAUCGACGGCGUCGAAACAGUGGCUCCACCGACUCUCCGCUCAUUCAGCUGGCGGAAACAGCGUCCAAAAUUUGUGCCACGUGCGACAGAAGCUGCCUGGCCUGUUACGGUCCCUUGGCAUCGCAAUGCAGCACCUGUUCGCCGGGCAGCCAACUCCGAAAGAUCCUCAAUGAAACCUUUUGCUAUGCAUAUGUGGUCCGCAGCACAGGCAUGGCCACUGUGGUGGAUAUAUCCGAAGAGGGCAAUCCAAGUACCCUCAAGUACAUGAAGGGCACCACUGUGCUGCUCUUGCUGGCUGUGGUAUUCUCCGUGGUUGGCUUGACCGUGGCCGGAGGCAUUGUCAUCUAUCAACGAAGGACAGCGGCGCGCAACAACGAACUCUAUUCCCGAGUGUCUCUGAUAGCCGGCGAAGACAGCGACUCGGACAAUGAUGACGAACUGUUCCGAGCCCAUUUUCCGAGCAGCAAAAAGAAGGCAAUGGAGUAUCGGGACGAGGCACCUAGCGAAGAGAUCUCCACGAAUGCAGAGGCCAGCCAAUUGGUCCCCUAGAUAACCUAGAUAACCAUAUUAAAAUAUUGAUUAAUGACUUGCAUUUAGCCACCAUCCAGAACCUGAAAGAUAAAAUAAAUCCUCAGUCCCUGAAGAUCAUA